UAAUAAUAACUUAAAAUCAUUUAUUGAGCUUGCAGAUUAAGUGCGUGUAGUGAUUAAUCAAGCAAUUAAUAUCAUAUAUGGAGGCUUUGUACAGAUGUAUGUUGGUAGUUGUUCUUGGGGCACUGAUGAUUGAACAAGCGGUGGCAGCACAGCACGUCGUGGGUGGUAGCCAAGGUUGGGAUGAAUCCACAGAUUUCGAAUCCUGGGCAUCUGCUAAUACAUUCAAGGUCGGAGAUCAACUAGUGUUUAGGUACAAUCCGGGACUGCAUAGCGUGGUGGAAUUAGGGAGCGAAAGCGCGUACAAGAGCUGCGACACAAGCAGUUCGGUGAACAGUUUGAGCGGCGGAAACGACGUGGUGAAGCUAAACAAGGCCGGCAGCCGCUACUUCGCUUGCGGCACGGCGGGACAUUGCGAGCAGGGAAUGAAGCUCAAGGUUACAAUCGUCACCGGAAAUGCGCCGUCCAAUCCCGCGUCUACUACCUCCACUUCUUCUGCUCCUCAUCUCUUAUUACCACCUUUCGUUUUCUUUUUCGUUGCUGCACUCCUGCUACCCCAACUCCACCUACUGUAGUGUAUUAUAUUUUGCAUUAUAUAUAUUCUUUUGGGUUACGUUUGAGAAUUUCAUCUGGAGUGCGUAGCUAGUUAGUAUAUAUGUUGUAAUACAAUCAUAUUCCUGCUUCUAUCACAAUUAUAUGAAUAAAUAUAUGAGAUACAUCUUUGUAUUUUCAUAAAAAUUUAGAGCCA